GUAAAACCGUUGUGUGGCACAAGGUAUUCAGUGAACUGACUGAGGCUGAGCUGAGAAUAGUCGGGGACCAAUAGAUUAAUUCAUAAUUAAGGCUUGGAAUCGCCUACAACUCAGCUUUACGGGGUGCUUCAUCUUUCAGAGAAUUUUGAAUUUGUUCUAGACAAAGACAAGUUGUACAAGUGGAGGCAUGGAGAUGCCUAAAAGACAGAGCAGUUGUCUUUUAACAGACAAGAGCAAUGCCUGGAAGUAUUUAGCUGGUAUCAAACUAUCAUCACUCCAACCAAACGUGGUGGCAGAGGAGUUUUAUGAAGAGCCAGAGACCAUUGUUGGUGUCGAAAAUAAUGAGCCUGAAGUUUACACAGUUUCCAGUACCAUGUCAUGUUCCCUGUGUGAUUGCACAUUCGAGGACAGACACCAACAGAAAGCUCAUUAUCGUCUUGACUGGCAUCGGUUUAACUUGAAGCAGAGGAUGUCUGGGCUGAAGUCACUCUCGGAAGAGGCUUUUUCUCAGAGGGCAGAUGAUCUGUCCAGUAUCUCUGGCAGCGGUGACUCUUCCUCAUCGUCAUCGGACGAAGACAUGGACAUGUCUCCCAUCUCACGAACCUCUCGUCAAGUCCAAAGAAGGAGAAAGAAGGGGAGUUCUAUCCACAAGUAUGACAGCGACGACGACGGGGUGGAUGGAGGGAAGGAAGGAGGAAACGGUAGACGAUGUCCAAGAAUCUAUUUUGAUAACGAUGACGGAGAGGUGGUGUCUGUUUAUCGCUGCAUCAUCCAUGGGAAGAGGGAAGCACCAAGCAAUCACACAGAGCUGAUAUCCAGGGCGCUUGGUUUAUUGACCAAUCAGAAGUGGGCUAUCAUAAUGACUGGUGGUGGCCAUUUUGCUGCUGCAGUGUAUGAUGGACCUGAUGUCAUCGUUCACAAGACCUUUCAUAGGUACACUGUGCGUGCCAAGAGAGGAACUGUCCAGUCUGUGAAAGACGCACAGGGAAGUGCUGCAAAAUCAGCAGGAGCUUCCAUCAGAAGGCACAACGAAGCGGCCUUGAACCAAGAAGUCCAGGACCUUCUGGCAUCCUGGAAGGACCACUUGGACGCCUGCACCAGGAUCUUCCUCAGAGUACCCCCCUAUAACAGGACCAUGUUCUACGGAGGCAAGUGCCCUGCCCUCAUGAAGGGGGACGACAGGGUGGUCACCAUCCCCUUCGCCACCCGUAGGGCAACCUUCAAGGAACUCAAGAGGGUGUGGGAGGUCCUGGCUACUGUUGAGUGUCAUGGUAGUGUUCCUGAUGUUUCAGUCAUCAUGGCCAGCCCCAAGGAAAAGAAGGAGUGGAAGAAGGGGAAGAAACCUUCCAAAAGUCAAGAGAAAGAAGAUGGAGAAUCGCUUGAGGUCAUCUUGAGUCGAUUAGAGGAACAGUCUCUAGAAGAUGAACACAAAGAGGGACAGUUAGACAACUCCACCAGUCUGAAAUUGAAGGAGAACAAAAUUAACGAGGAGGAAGAGGCAGGAGAUUUUGACCUUGUGGAGGAAGUUGUUGUCACUUCAACCGAUCACCUCAAAGAUUAUGACGUAGCUUCUAAGAAACAGAGGAAGAGAAAGAAGAAAAAGAAACCUGAAAGACAUAUACCACAAAAAGAUAAAGAGGAAGAGAACUUGACCAUUGAACUCUACACAAUAUGCCGGACAUGCGACACAGAAAAGCUUGAAGAAAUUCUUCAGAAGAUUCAUCAGCAUUUCAGUACUACCCCUUCCAGCAACUCUAAAAACCUUCCCAGGAAAAACCUUGGCCAGGAAAAGACCAAAGGGGAGAAGGUGUCACCUGAUAACCUUGAUCAAAGUCCAGGUGUUGGCUGUGAAGAUAACUGCAGUAUAUCCAGGGAAAUACAGAAUAGACUGCCACCUGACAAUGACAACCUGCAUCCGGAUAUUGGCAAUAAAAGAAGUAUACCGCCCUCUGAUGCCGUUGAUAACUCUUGUCAAAGUUCUAGUAGUGGCACUCUUGAACACAGUCAUAACAAUAUCUCAGGGAACAAGAACUCAGUAGAGUGUGGAUCGAAUCUUCCAGAGUCUUUGGACAAUCCUGGGGACCGUGUCAUGAAAGUUGUCCAAACUAAGACACAAGAAAACACAGAUAGAGUGGAUGCUGUCGAAGGAACAUCAUCCAGACCGGACCUUUGUGAGGAAUCCAACACCGAUGCUACCAACAUGCCGAAACAACCUGAACAACUUCCUGAAGGCAAUCCUGGAGGAGGGGAAGACAAAGCAGCGAGAGAUGCAGAGGAUAAAGACAAACAUUGCCCUGGCGUCCUCAGGUUCUUAAACAAAUCCCUCGAUGACCUGGGUUAUACCUUUCUACAUGUCGCUGCAGAAGAUGGCCAGUGCGAUAUCAUCUACCAUCUCAUGGAGUUUGGUGCUGACCCUGGUGUCAAAAACAAGAAAGGAAAGCCAGCAUAUGGAUGUUCCUUUGAUAAGAAGACACGAGAAACGUUCAGAAGAUUUCGAUCCGAUCACCCCGACCGGUACGACUAUGACAGAGCUCAGAUUCCAGUUCCUCUCACAGAAGAGCAGGAAAGAGAAAAAUCAGCAAAACAGUCAGAGCGAAAGAGGAAUGCGAGGAAAGCAAAGCGUUUAAAAGAAAAGGAGCAGAAGGAAGUGAAAGAAGCAGAGAGGAAAGAGAAUGAGAAGAAAGAAUGGUAUGCAAAGCUGAGCGAUAGAGAGAAGCGAGCACUCGCUGCUGAGAAGAGAUUUGCUCAACAGGUCUCUUCAACAUCUGAUAUGCAGCGAUGCUGGAGCUGUGGUUCUUCUCUUGCUGGAAAAACUCCUUUUUCGUACAUGGAUUUCAAGUUCUGCUCUAUGCCUUGCCUGAAGAAACACAAGCAACAGCCCUAGCUUUGUAACUAACAACUCAAUCCUUGUUGCUGCUGGUGCAUAUUUAUCAGCAUCUGCAGCUCUGCCUUUUCGUCAUAUUUACCUUUAACUUUUAGCUACCUGUGCCGUUUAGAGCCUACCAUACACUGAGCAAUCCAACAGAUUUGCAUUAACUUUUUAGCAUGUUGGUGUUGCUGUAGUUAGCGUAAUCUUGCAGGUUUGCUGGAUUAGGUAAUAAAGCCAACCUUAAACAACAAUGAUCUCCUAGAAAUCCCAUUUAACCCUAUCUAGGUCAUAUGGCCAGGGGAUCUCGGCCGUCAAAUGCGCGAUCAUGCCAAAAAUUGGCAUUCAGGUUGCCUGGGACAUAAUCUACAAAAUUGUCGAGUAUUUUAUCUCAUGCAAAUUGCCAUUAAGUGAUUAUGCUGAUUAGUGAGCAAAAUCAUACUUUUUCCUCUUUUUCCCUAAAUUAAACUUAAAAUGUUCUAAUUUUUGGCAUAGAAACUCUUUGUGGUAUUCUUAGCAAAUGUAUGUGAAUAAAAUAGUGAUAUCAGAUCAAGUUCUUAUGCAUUUUUUUUGCAAUUUCUUGUGUAUUUCAUUGUAAUCUUUUUCAUUGUUUUACUGAUAAACUUUGUCGGGGACUCUUUUUAAAUCAUAAACAUCAUAAAAUAAGUCCGUUUAGACCUGCCAAACUAAAAAUAAUCUUACAUUUAUGAUUUUGGGGUGAAAACAAAAUGUUGUUUAAUUUCGUAACCACAUACCCGGGCGUCGCAAAAUUGGUUUUAAAAGAUGCACAAGACUUGAAAGUAAAAGUCAGCGAGCUAGAUAUAAUUAAACAAGAUUAUAUUAAGAGCACAUGAUACAAUUCUCAACAGUAACCUCAAGUUCCCGGAUAUAGUCCAUGCUGUUUACUUGUGUGACC